GAUCCAGCAGAGCUGGUUACCAAGAGGAAGCUGGAGUGAGCGGAUUGUUUGUGCGUGUGUGUGCCAGGAACAAAAAGCUACCAUGGGCUCUGGUAUGAGUAAGAUUGUGGAGGGCCUGUACCUUGGAAACAUCAGAGAUUCAGAAGACAGAGAGAACCUGGCCAAGCACGGCAUCACACACAUCCUGUCUGUGCAUAACAAUGCCAGCCCUGCACUGGACGACAUGACCUAUCUCUGCAUAGCUGCUUCAGACUCUUCUAAUCAAAACCUGUUGCAGCAUUUUAAGGAAUGCAUCCAGUUUGUUCACGAAUGUCGGCUGCAUGGAGGAAGAUGUCUCAUUCACUGUUUAGCCGGCGUUUCCCGCAGCACCACGCUUCUGGUGGCCUACCUGAUGACAGUCACCAACUUUGGCUGGGAAGAGUGCCUGGCAGCCACCAAAACCGUCCGCUCUUAUGUGAGUCCGAACUUCGGGUUCCAGCAGCAGCUGCAGGAGUAUGAGACGACUUUGCUCAAAGAGUACCGAACUUGGAUCCGGCAGGAAUAUGGCAAGAACCCGUUCAAUGACCAAGAAGAGCUGCAGCGUUUACUCUCCCAGCAUGAAGAGAAGGCAAAACAGCAACAAACAGGACACAGUGAAACUAACUGGAUCAGUGCUCCAAGCCCCACAGGGCCUCUCUCACACAACGCCUAUGGCUGCAGCACCAGCAGUCGUUGGAUGAACAGAUAACAGGAGCUC